ACUCACAAGUAAUAACAGUGGUUAAUUUAAACUUUUAACAAAAUGUUGUCUUGGAAUUUCCCAUCGAACAAUAAAUAAAACUAAAAAUAUCUCUAUUUGCGUAUUUUAUAGAAUAAAAAAAUUCUUUUAUAUAUUGGUGCACGGAUGAAUAAAAGGUAUGUUUUUCGUAAUGGUGUACAACAAAUGUGAUAUUCUGGACAAAUUUAUUCACUUAUAUUACAAUCAUAAGCUUUCAAAUAUGUGGUCCAUUCCUGUUUUCUUUGUGGUCUGUGGUCUGUGCUCUAGUUCUUCUUCUUCUGCAUCAUUAGGCCUUCUACUUAUUUUUCCACUCUUAUUACUAUUCAUGCUAAAUUAUAAUAUAGACGGUUAAUACAUAUGUGUAAUAUGUAUUAUAGCAAGUAAUAAUAUAUAUAGUAUAAAUUAUAGCACACACGUGUGUGUCGUUCAACUGCGCGCAGUGGCAACAUUGGCAACGUGCCGCGAAGUGAACGUCGACACGCUGCGCAUUUUUUUUUUCGUCCAUCUGCAUUCGCGGUUGCCCCACUAUUGCACUCGCGGUUAGAUCGGGUAACGGGACCGCGUGAAACGAGCCCAAUGCACGCCGAAAAAUGACGAAACGUCCGUAACCGGGGCCCCAGUGCCGGCGUCGCGGGUCGCACGGACUACAGAAUUAUCGCCCGACCAACCAACAUAGCGCACCGACCUGAGCUCAUAAUAUUUUUCAUUCCGGAUUUGAGAUGGACUCUCAGCAACAGCAGUUCUGCCUGAAGUGGAACAGCUUCGGGUCAAAUUUGGCAACGUCGUUCAGCAACCUGUUCAAGUCGGAAACGUUGGCCGAUGUUACGCUGUUCUGCGACGGUGUCACCUUCAAGGCUCACAAGCUCAUCUUGGCGGCUUGCAGCAAACACUUGGCCGACCUGUUCGAGACGGCGCCGCUCCAUCAAAACCUCCUGGUUAUCUUGGACGGCACAUCGGCGAGCAACAUGGCCGCCCUGCUCGAGUUCAUGUACAAGGGCGAGGUCCACGUGUCCCAGGACGCCCUGUCCAGCUUUCUGAAGGCGGCCGAGUGUUUGCAGGUCAAGGGAUUAAGCAUCGAACACGAGAAACUGGCAGUCGCUCAGAGUCACUCUCAACACCACCACCAACACCACCCCCACCAUCACCAGCAGCAGCACCAGGGUAUCGAAACCGGACCUGCGCAGCAAUCCGACUCGCCAACGCGAAAACCUUUUAAGAUCCUGAAGGAAGACCCGGACAACAAUCAGUCGGGUCAUCGGCAGCAGUCGAGUCCGUCGCCCAGUUAUUCGCCAAAGAUGUCGCCGUAUGUGGCCCAUCACUACAGGCCCUACGACCGUAUGCCGCCAUCCGCCAACUCCCAAUACGAGACGACGAUGAAACACGCGAGGUCACCGGGAGAGGUCGCCCAGGAGUCCAGAGCUUCGGUGUUACGAGACGGUAAAAGGCCAGUCUCACCAGCUCCUUUGUUGUUAGCUUAUAGACCGUCGAGUUCUUCGAUCCAACAUGGCGACGCCGACGAUGCUUACGACGCGGAGGACAGGGCGACCGCGCUGAUUUGUCCGGAGACGAAUAACACGGACAGAUGCCAGGACCCCAGUUGUCCCGAAGAUUUGCGAAUGAAAAUGGAACCGGUGGUGCAACAGGACGAGCCCCCCUCCAGUACGGGAGGUAACGCGACCAACAACAAUCCGGUGGGGUCCACGGGGGCGAACCACCACGCUGGGGGUUCGCCCAACAGCACGGGCCACACCAACAAGUACGAAUACGACCGUGACAAAACCGACCUCAUACCUACGACCCUGUGGAACUCAGUCACCGGGAAACUUAGCCACCACAAGCAAUCUACCGUUAACACUCCUGAUGGCAAAAAAUUGAAGUGUCCUUUCUGCGAGAGAUUGUACGGGUACGAGACGAACUUGCGGGCCCACAUCAGGCAGCGUCACCAGGGUAUCAGGGUACCGUGUCCUUUUUGCUCCCGGACCUUCACCAGGAACAACACGGUCAGGCGGCACAUAGCCAGGGAGCACAAGACCGAGCUGAGCCUCAAAGCUUUCCACAACCAGCAACAGCAGCAGCAGCAGCAGCAACAGCAGCAGCCGCAGCAAGUGUUGAAUCCGUGAAAAUUCACGGAGUCGUCGCGAUGUAAAUAUUACGCGUUAGGGACAAGAUGGUUCUAGGUGGCCCCCCCUGCACACCCCCGCCACUGUGUUGUCGCUAAUCUAAGUAAGGGUUUUUUCGGAGACGUCGCAGGACCUAUGGGAAAAAGCGCCACGGGUAAUAAUUGGAACGAAACGUUCUUUUGUUCUUUUUAAGUGUUUUUUCCCUUUUUUUUCAAAAAAAAAAAAUCGUUGUAAGUUGUGAGAAAAUUUAUAUUUUUCGUUGCCGGUUAUGAAUUCUCGGGGUUUUUUUCUGUUGUACUUAUACAUAUAUAUAUAUAGACGAUAGUUUAAGGGAGUUUACGAUGAGAGGGGCGGCGACGUUUCGGACGCUACCGUCCCCCCUACCCCUCCGAUUCCACGGGAUGAAAAUGAGGCCGCGUCCGUCGGCAACGCUGCGCGGUCGAAAUUUUCUUCUUCCUUUUUAUUGUCGUUACUUCGUAUUUACCAGUCGUUAUUCUUCGACGGUUUUCAUUUUAAUAUAUAUUCCGAAAUUUUUGUUUUAAUUUUGAUUUAUUUUUUGAAACUGCCAAAAAACGAGUUAUUUAUCAAAAUUUCCAUUUAAAUUUUGGACGUUUGCGUUUCAACUAAAUUUCUGAAAACUCGUCAUUACAUAAUUUCUGCGCUUUUUCAUUUUAUUUUCAUUUUUACAAAUUUUUUUGAAAUUCACAUUUUAAUUUAAUUUUUUGCGUUUUUCGAUUGUUUAAUUUAAUUUUCUGUACUAUUGAAAAAAUCGUUUUUCUUUAAAUUUUUAGUAACAUGUUUUUUGACGUUCUCAUUUCAAUUCAAUUUUCUUAAACUUUG